UGUCCUUUGCCAUUGGAAAUGGAUCAUCCAUCUAUGUCUUUGGUUAUGCAAUUGUUUACUACUUACUGAACACGAGGUUCAAGGCGUAGGGCUAUGAUAUAUUUUGUAUACAUGUUGUUAGCGUGCGGAAUAUUAGGUCAUGGGAUUUUUCAGUGCUUAUAUGGUGGUAGAAAAUCUAUUCGGGGGGGGUCAAGCAGGUUGAUUAAAAGCACAGCACAUUUAUCCUUCCUUCCGCGGAAGGCGGGAAAGACCCAAAAAAUAAAUCCUUUGCGUUGCCCAAAACCCGAACUUAAUUUAAUUCACUUUGUUUUUUAACCUUCGGUUUUAUUGUAAUCCCUUUUUUUUGUUUUCUUUU